GGAGCUGGUCUCAGCAUUCACCGCAAGAAUGGGAAAGAUCAUUUUCUACGAGGACAGAAAGUUCCAGGGUCGUUCCUACGAGUGCAGCAAUGAUAAUCCAGAUCUGCAGUCUCACUUCAAUACCUGUAACUCUGUCCGUGUAGAGAAUGGCUGCUGGAUGCUCUACGAGCGCCCCAAUUAUACGGGGAACCAGUACUUCCUAAAGAGAGGGGAGUAUCCAGAUUACCAGCAAUGGCAAGGUCUCAAUGACUCCAUCAGGUCAUGUCGCUUGAUUCCAGAACAUCUGGGAUCAAGUGCCCAUAAAAUAAAGGUUUAUGAACGAGAUGACUUCAAAGGAGAAAUGAUGGAGUUUUUGGAAGAUUGCCCUAAUGUUUACGAUCGUUUCUGCUCCCAUGAUAUUCAUUCUUGUAACGUACUUGAUGGUCACUGGAUCUUCUAUGAGCUUCCAAACUACAGGGGGAAGCAGUACCUCUUGAGACCUGGGGAAUACAGAAGAUUCACUGACUGGGGCUCCCUGACCACCAAGGUUGGCUCCUUCAGACGUGUCCUGGAACCUUAUUAACAAUUUCUGUGUUAAUAAAAGCACUGGAAACAUA